GUGGGCCAGGCACUUGCGAAGUGUGCAGAUUGUGCUCGAGUCGUACACUCCCAAUCUGGAUUCGGACAUCGACGAGCAGCCGAGGAGGAUGCAGAGGGUCGCCAAGGUGUUGCUAGACACUGUGGCGUUCCUUGGCAGGAUCCAGAGGCACGACUGGGUGCACGCGCACCUCGACGAGCUGACGGCAG